AUGGCCAAGAUUUCGGUAAAGACUCCCAUUGUGGAGAUGGACGGUGAUGAACAAACCAGAAUCAUCUGGAAAUUGAUCAAGGACCACCUUAUCUACCCAUACUUGGAUGUCGAUUUGAAGUACUACGAUCUUUCGAUCGAAAACCGUGACUUGACUGACGAUAGCGUCACUGUGCAAUCGGCAGAAGCUACUUUGAAGUACGGUGUUGCAGUGAAGUGUGCUACAAUUACUCCAGAUGAGGCUCGUGUCAAGGAAUUCAACUUGAAAAAGAUGUGGAAGUCUCCUAACGGUACGAUCAGAAACAUUCUUGGCGGUACCGUUUUCCGUGAGCCAAUUGUGAUUCCAAGAAUCCCAAAGUUGGUGACCAACUGGGAAAAGCCAAUCAUCAUUGGUAGACACGCAUUCGGUGACCAGUACAAGGCCACCGAUGUGGUUGUUCCUGGUGCCGGUAAGUUGAAGCUUGUUUUCGAGAGCGACGACAAGUCUGUGGAAAACAUCGACCUCGAUGUGUUCCACUUUGACGAGCAAUCCAAGGGUGGUGUGGCCAUGGCCAUGUACAACACCACCGAGUCCAUCACCGGGUUCGCCCACUCGUCUUUCAAGAUGGCUUUGGAAAGAAACUUGCCGCUAUACUCUACUACCAAGAACACUAUCUUGAAGAAGUACGACGGUAAGUUCAAGGACAUCUUCGAGGGCCUAUACGAAACAGAGUAUAAGACCCAGUUCGAAGAAAAGGGCAUCUGGUACGAACACCGUUUGAUCGACGAUAUGGUCGCCCAGAUGUUGAAGUCCAAGGGUGGCUACAUCAUCGCCAUGAAGAACUACGACGGUGACGUGCAAUCCGACAUUGUCGCUCAAGGUUUCGGUUCCCUAGGUCUAAUGACCUCGGUGUUGAUCACCCCAGACGGAAAGGCCUUCGAGAGUGAAGCUGCCCACGGAACAGUCACCAGACACUACAGACAGCACCAACAAGGUAAGGAAACCUCCACCAACUCGAUCGCAUCCAUCUUCGCCUGGACCAGAGGUCUAAUCCAAAGAGGUAAGCUCGACAACACCCCAGACGUCGUCAAGUUCGCCCAAUUGGUCGAAGACGCUACCGUCAACACCGUCCAAGAAGACGAAAUCAUGACCAAGGACUUGGCAUUGAUCUUGGGUAAGACCGAAAGAUCUGCCUACGUCACCACCGAAGAGUUCAUCGAAGCUGUUCACAAGAGACUCGACUCCCAUUUCAAGACUGCCUUCAACUGA